UAUGUAUACAGAUCCAUAUACAUAUGUAUACAAACAAAUAAAUAUAGAUAUUGUUAUAUAUAUAUACAUAUAUUAAAAGUGACUUUGGGUAUCCUUAAUUGGUGUAAUAAUUUUAUUGCACUGUCAUAACUCAUUAAUAUAACUCCGUAACAUAAGUAAUCGGAUAUUCUUCUUCUUCAAACGUUCCUUCAUACAUUAUCCUACGAAAAUAAAAUAUUUUACUUUUAAUGGCAUUUGUUGCGAUUUUCUUUCUUACGAGAAAAUGAACAAUGAAAUCGGCAAAUCCUUUUUAUCUGUCACCGCAUCACUCGCCGCCAUUAUACCUGAUACGCCCAUUGUGUCCAUUGCUGGAUCAACAUUAAGUGAAAUUACAACAACAACAACAUCAACUACUACAACUCCGACACCUACAGCGACGUCUUUAGAACCGUCUAAAGUCGAUAUAUCUUUACCAAAUCAUAAUCCGAUGUCUGAUGCUGCUGCUAAAUCGGCAGGCGCUACAUCUAGUGCUGCUGCUGUAAAUGUCACUACCAAUAUUAACUUGAAUAAAGAACCGACACCAGCUGCUGCACACAAAUCAGAAAAAAUUGUAGACACAGAUUUGAAGGAAACUGAUACUUGGGUAGACAGUUUGGAUGAUAUUAAAUUAAAAAAUUUAUUAGAAGAAGCAUAUUCUUAUCGAAACCCAAUAGAUAAAGAAAAUAAGAGUGAAAUUUUCUUGCAAUUACUGGAGAAAGCUGAAAGUGAAAAAGAGGAUCAAACUUUUUCAUUUAGUGCUAUUGCUUCACGAUUUACACGUAAUUCAUCCUCUUCUACUACGUCCAAUAGUCAUAAGCAAGGCGGAUCCUUGCAAGAUCUCGUUGAAUCUACGUCGGAUUGUGAUUAUAGUGCAGGAGGGCAGCGCCAUCGACGCUCGAAUCAUUAUUCAAGACAAAAAAAAUUCUCAUCGGUAUCAUCGCGUCAACGAGAAGGUGGAAGUUUACCAAGUAACGUUAAUGUUGCUAAUAGUGGGGGUUUACUUGGUACACUUGAACAGCCGGCUUUUAUGAAAGAGCUUCGUGCUAGUGCAAGUUUAAAGCAACAAAGACGCAAUACAAAAACAAAUACUGCAAAGGAAACGGAAAAAGACAACGUAGCUGGAACAACAGCAACUGGUACAACAAAAAAUUCUAAUGAUAGUGUUGGUAGUAGUGGUACCAAUAUUAUAAAUAAAUUAAAUCCAAAUGAUACAAUUAUUAAUAUAAACGAACCUAUUGAAGAUAUACAACAACAACAACAGGUUUUACUCUCAGAUGGGAAUGAAAUAACUCAGGGUAAUCAUAUUUAUGAACGUUGGGGUGUUGAUGUACGUAUACCACGAGCAAAUAUUGUAACAACCGUACAAACAAAAGUUGAUAGUUCACGAAAUUUUGUUGAUGAUCAAAUACGUUUUGAGCAUUUGGAUCGUGGUGAAAAAUAUUUUCCUUUGGAUGAGAAUUAUAAAGCCUGCAGAUCAGUAAUGGGAGAAAAGAGCGACACGUUGAAAUCAUCUAAUACAAUGUUUGCUUCUAAAUUAAGUACAGUAAGUCGUCAAUAUGACGAGAACGGAAAUUCUUUAAGUGAAAUUUUGCAAAGUAGUUCAGGUGCUAGUAAUAUUUUUUCAAGUGGUAAUAAUAGCCAAUCGCUGGCGAAGGCUAAGAAGAAAAAAACACAACAAGAUCGAAACACGAAGAUCGUUGACUUAGAAUCAGUAGAUGGAUAUAGAGGAAAAGAUCCCAUUCAUGUGUUGGUAAAAUAUAUUGAAAAUCCAUCUGAUUCAAAAGGUGUAAAAGGUAAUGAAAAUCCGAAGAAAAAAGAUCGAAAUAAGAAAGAAAGCAGGGAUAAAGAGAGGGAUUCCAAGGAAAAGGAUAACAAAGAAAAAUAUAUUAAGGAUCGUGAAAGUAAGGAUAAAGAAGUAAAAGAAAAAGAGAACAAAGAAAAUGAUGUAAAGGAAAAAGAUAAAGAUAUUAAGGAAAAGGAUUGUAAAGAAAAUGAUAUUAAGGAAAAAGAAAAAGAUAAAGAUAUAAAGGAAAAAGAUAUGAAAUUUAAGGAUAUGAAAGAAAAAGAAUUUAAAGAUAGCACAGAUAUCAAAGAUAUAAAAGAAUUUAAGGAUACAAAAGAGAAAGAUAAUAAAGAUAGUAAGGAAUAUAAAGAUAGUCGAGAACAUAGAAAUAAGACAUCAAAAAUCAGUACAUCUUGUGAGGAAUUAGCCAAUUGCUCUGAUGAAGAAAAUAACGUCCUAAAGAGAAGUGGAGUCAAUACAGAAAAUGCUGUAACAAUGCGUGGCAAGACUACUAAUAAAAAUAAAAAUCACUCACUAUCAUCUGCUGAUAUUAAUAAAAAUGUUGAUGGUAGCUCUAAAAUAAACCCUUCUGCUAGUCGAAAAAAUGAACGUCGUUCUUGGGGAACAGAAGAAUUGCAGUAUCUUGGAGAAAACAGCAAAGUGAACGAAGAAAAAUUAAAAGAGAGAAAAAAUAAUAAAUAUAAAGAUAGAGAAAUAGAGAAAGAUGGAAAGCUUCUUGAUAAACCUGAGAAAAAUGUUAAUAGUAUUGAUGAACUGUUGAACAGUAAAACCGAAAAACGUAAGAAAUUCGAAAAUCUUGUUCAUUCUAAUGCAGAAUCCACUUAUGGAGAUGUGAAUUUUUUAGAAAUGGACGCGAUUGUUCCUGAAACUGCCGAAUUUCAUGUUGUUACAAAAAAGAAAAAAACCAAGAAACAACGAGCAAAUAUGGAUGAAACAAAUGUUAACUGCGGUGGUGUCGCAAAUUUUAAUCGCACACAUAAUAUCACAAAUACACAGCAGCAAAAGUUAACAUCCGGAGUCCAACAGCAACAAUUGCGUUAUAAAAAUAAUUCAAGCUUUAUUGCGGGAAAUUUAGAUCGUAUAGAAUAUACUAACAAUAACCAUCCCAAUUCUCAUUCUAAUCAUCAAAGUUAUAUUAGUAACCAACAAUUAAACAGUGAUAAAUCACGCCGAAAAUCAACUUCCUCCAUGCCUCCGUCAGAAAAAUCUGAUUCUAGCGAUCAUGACUCUGUGCAUUCUUUACCAAUAGAGUCUGCUAUUAAAAAUAAACAACGCCAUAAAAAUUCGAACGUACCAACAUCAUCGUCUACUGCUGGAAAAGGCUAUGCUAACAGCUCACCUGCUCCAAUUUCUUAUGCAGAUAUUACUCGAACUAAUAAAGAAAUAAUUUCUGCUAACGCUAAUAGUGUCGAUAAAUGGCCUACAGUAGAUGUUUCUAAUAAUAACAUAAAUGAUGUAACUGGAAUUACCGAUGAAACUCAGACAUCAAGUAACCAGCAAAGCAGCACUAUUUUAGGCAGUAAAAUAAAAGCUAAAAAAGUGUCAAGUAAAUCAGAUUUUCCAGAAUUGUUACCAAUAUUAAAUCCAGAACAUAAUGGUAUUAAAUCUGUUAUAACAAAACCGAUUUCAUAUUCACAAAGUUUAACUACAGUGCCAUCAGGUUAUAAUACUAGUAAUAGUAUUGUAACAAGUAGUGAUAUGUCUAUUACUACUGCAUUGACAAAUACCUUUGAAAAUAAUAUAGACAUAAAAGAUCCCAAAAGCGAAAAAUCGAACACGUUUAUGGAGAAUGAUAAGACCAGCAUUGUUGCAGCAACAAGUGGUGUAACUCGAAAUCAAGCAGGUAUGCAACAGCCGUUGCAAAAGUCAAAAAGUGUGGAACAUGACAAUUACAAUAGUAACUUGGAUCAACAAUAUCCAGCUCUAGAAAAGACUGUUAAACGACAUAGUGCUACUAAUGUAUCAGUGGUUGCUAAUAGCAUGUCAACACCAUUAUCAGCGCCGGGUCAAUUUAAUUUUGCUGCAGCUGCUAAGCAGCAAAUCAAUACUAACUUUGAGGGAAUUCAAAAACAAAGUACCCCAUUAACUACCUCAAGCAAUGUGGUGACCAUGAAUACACAAAUUGCAACCCCUGCCAAUACGACUGCCAAUGCUGGUAUUAAAAAAUCUAAAGAAAAGUUAUCACCGUCUAUUACAUCACAGAUAAUAGAUUCGACAACAAAUGAUUCAUUCAUUAAUAAUAACGUAAUUCAGAUGAAGAAAAUGAAAAAAGAACAAAAGCAUGAAUCUAAUGAUUCUAAUGUUGCACAAAAACUAUCGGCAGCUACACAAACACAAACACAACCUGUUCCUAAAAUUUGCACAACUUCAGCCAAUGAAGUUGUAACUGCAAAGCAACUAAAUAAUACUUCAAAUGCUCAGAAAAUAAAUUCUAUGUUAAAUACGACUCAGAACAAAACUAACGCAACGCAAACAAUUUCAAAUCGCCCAGCUGUAAUAAUAUUAAAUGACGAUUCUGGAUUUGUAUUAUCAAAUAAUCAAUUCACUUUUGGUGACUUUAAUGAAGAAGAGCUUAGAUUCUUGGAUAAUGAAAUGACACAGAAGGUAAUUCACGGAAAAGAUAAUUUUGAGAAAUCAGAUAUAAUGGAAAACGUCUCAAACAGAAAUGUUCACGUAUCAAUAUCUACUAAUUUGACAAAAUCAUCAACGCCAGCAGCAAUAUUUAAUGAUUCAGGUACUUCGUCUGAUAUCAUCAACAAUUCAAUUCAACAUGGUGAUGAUAUAAUGUUGAUUCCUAGUGUUGACGCUUCGUCACCCAAUACAUCAUUUAUCAAUAAUCAGGUAGUAAAUCAAUCUAAUGAUAGCGGUUUAAACGACAGCAACAAAUCAAAAUCAAGUAGUAAUAAUAAACGUACACCUAUCUCAAAAAUUGCUAAUACAAAAAUGAAUUCAUUCACAAAUAAUCCAGCAACAGCACUUACCAAUAAAGCUAGUGAAGAUGGUAAACCCUCAUCUUACAAUGCAAAUAACAUCUGUCCACCACAGCAACUUGAAACUUGUAAUGACAUUGAAACAGCUAUACUUGCAGCCGCACGCGCUGCAGCUGACCAAAAUCAAAAUCAACACCAACAACAAUGUCAACACCAUCAAGGCGUGCAUUAUGAAACAUUCAACUCAUCAUCGAAUUGCAGCUCGUUAUCGUCAUCUGUAUCUGUUGAUGCAAAAUAUACACCACAAUCUCCAACAUUUGUAGCCAACAAUUUUUCUAAUAUUAAUUGCCAAACGCAACAAUUUGAAAGUGAUUAUUUAAUUCGUAGCAGAAGUAACAGUAGCGGUCAAAGAGAUUACCCAUCUUCGCAUGUUGUUAGUAUACAAGAACAGGAGUUUGAUUUACAAUAUAUACCGCCCACCAAUUCAGACGCAUUUAAUAAGCAACAUAAUGAUUUUAUUGUAGCUUACAUUGAUUCCGCAUGGGAGGAAAUCGCUAAUAGUAAGCUGACUGUAUAUUAUGAUGGACAAUAAAAAGCUGCUUUUUCUAAUUUCACAUCUCUAAACAAAGUGGACUACAAUAGACAACAUAAGAGUAUACAAAAAUAUGUAGAAUAAAACAAAUAAUUUGCUUUUCUGUAUAAGCUUUUGGUGACUGAUAGCGAAUUUCUAUAUAUUAAAAAUAUGUUUCGAUUCAUGUAUUAAAGAAAAAAACCGAACGCGACGUAUUGUUUUAAA